CUCCAGCUGUAGUCGUCGAAGGUGCCAACACUCCGGGCUUAGAAGACGCCCACUCUUCACCCAAGACCCAGCAAGACAUCUACGACGCAGCCCAGGACAUGUGGGCAAAGGCACUGGCACUGAACACCUUGGCACCCGAAUACCAGGGCCAGAACAACACGGAAGUCACGGCACAGGUGGGAGGUGAAGCGACUUUCAGCUGCUACACCUAUCACCUGUCUGACGAUAUGGUCACCUGGCUGAAACGCGAAGACGAUCAGCUGCUCACAGUGGGUCAGCAAGUCUACGUUGCCGAGAAACGUUUUUCUGCCGUCCACUCCGACCACACAGAGGCAUGGGAACUGUGGGUGAAGGACGUGCAGCUGGAGGACGCAGGACAGUACGAGUGCCAGCUGACCACACACCCUCCUGUCUCGUUCUUCUUCACUCUCACCGUAACACAGGCCGAGGCGGUAAUCAGCGGCCCCGGCGUGGUGCACAUCGAGGAAGGGUCCCACUUGGCCUUCGAGUGCCACGUCCGCUAUGCCCCGGUGCCCCCCGUGUACAUCUUCUGGUAUCACAACGGUACCAUGGUCAACUACGGUACCCAAAGGGCUUUACAGGUGGAACAUCACAACUACACCAGCAGCCUCAAGGUCGCUCGAGUAACAGCCUCCGACGCCGGAACCUACACUUGCGAGCCCCACCUGGCCACACCUGCUAAUGUCACCGUGCACGUGGUGACAGGCAAGACCCCAGCAGCGAUGCAGCACGGCAGAAACCAAGAGGACGGGGUCAACGGCCCGCCCCCGCCCACCCUCGCCCCUCCGGCUUCUUCCUGACCUUCCGGGCCUGGGCGUGCGUGCUGGCCGCCCUCUGCGCCCUCCUGGCUGCCCCGGGAGGCGCCCUGCCCGCCGUGUAGAGCCCGCCCUUCACCGCCGACGCCCGACGAGGGACUUCGGUUUGGGAAUGUUCGCGUACGGGGAAGAGUUUCUCCGUGUGUACAGGUCGCUGUUGUGCGGUUGCGCGUGCGUGAGUUGUGUGUGUGUGAGGGUGCGUGUGUGUGCGUAUUCAUACAUGUGCAUACACACACAUAACCACACCCAUGUAUUUAGUAUACGCCCUAUGGUGCGUAGUUACUGCUCUGGCUGUGACCUGUGUGUAAAAUAAGUUUAGGCAGGAAGAUCAACAGCAGCAGGUUGUGCAAGGGA